UGGGAGGCGGCGGCCGGGCAGGUUCUUGGGCUGCGGCGGAGGUUCCUAGCCAGGAUGUGGAUCCUGUUGGGGGUGUGCUUGAUCCUUGGCGGGGCAGCCUCUUCUCUGCGGUGCCCUGAUGGACUCGAAUGCGAGGGACCCCGCGGCUGCUGCAAGGAUCCUGGGGGGGAUGGAUAUGCCUGCUGUGACCAGCCCCAGUUCCCAGGAGUAUCCCUGCGCAUGUUGCCUCCAAGGCCCCCGACUGAGGACUCUGGCGUUGUGUGUCCCGAUGGCAGCAUGUGUCCCCUGGAGUACUCCUGCCUGCGUACUCUGGAUGCGUCCUAUGGCUGCUGCCCCUGGGGCGAGAGAGCUGGGCCGCAGCAGUACCCUUUGAGAGGCAGGGGCCUGAUCUGCAUCUGA